UUUGCGCACCAGACUCUCCCACCCUCGGCUCUUCUCUUCGCUCACAGCGCUCUCAUACACUCGGUGCGGCUUGUGUCUCUGCCUACUCCUGUGCGUAAGAGCGCACCGAUGGAUAUGUAAAGUGAUGCGCUCCUGAAAAACGCCAAAUCUGAGCCUGCAUUAAUGCCUUUCUGGGAAGACGUGGGUCUAUAGAUGCGCUGCAGAGCGCGCGCGUUGGAGAGCAGUUUGUUAGAUUAAGUCAAGUUCAUUUCACGGAGAUUGUUUUUAUUCUGCGCGCUCGUGUUGUUGCUUACGGACGAUGAUAUGUUAGUAAAGAUGUUCAUCAGCACGGAUGACGGUGCGUUGCUAUUUGGAUGUGUGUUUCUGGACUUUUCAGCAUACCAUGACCGCGCGCCCUUUUUCCUCUCUCCAAGUCUUUUCGUUUCUGCGUGAAGUUGAACGGAGGAGAAAGCACGAUGAGAGGGAAAUACUUUCUCCUCGGCUUCUUGUUGCUCAAACUUAUGGCUCUUGUGUGCAAGGCUGACGGGGAGCCGGGACUGCUCGGAGGAUUCGUAAUGAUCGCCACCUCCAACGGCUCCAGGGAGGAGGAGAGCGUGUCCGAGGAGACCCCGCACACGGAGGACAAUUGUCGGGGUUACUACGACGUGAUGGGCCAGUGGGACCCGCCGUUCAUCUGCAAAACGGGCAAUUAUCUGUACUGCUGCGGCACCUGUGGCUUCCGCUUCUGCUGCUCCUACAAGCACUCGCGGCUGGACCAGAGCACCUGUAAAAAUUAUGACACCCCGGUGUGGCUGAAGACCGGACAGACUCCCAAAAAAAUGAACAAGAUCCACGACAGCACCAAAGACAAGACGAAUUUAAUUGUUUACAUCAUAUGUGGAGUAGUGGCCAUUAUGGCUCUUGUGGGGAUUUUCACCAAAUUGGGGCUCGAAAAGGCGCACCGGCCUCAAAGAGAGAACAUGUCCAGGGCCGUGGCCAGUGUGCUGCAGGGCGGCUGUCCAGGUGAGCAGUAUCGUGGGGAGGAGGCCCUAGGGAUGCAUUCGCAGCACUUUGUUUCCAGGGCCACAAACCUCCAGGGCGGUCAGAUGAACAACAGCGUGGGGCCGGGCUCCAACAUGGGCCAGCAGCACCCUUACCCCGCCCUCAGCCAGCUGGCUCAUGUCUACGAACAGCAGCAACAGCAUCAGCAUCAUCAGCAGCAGCAGCAUCAGCAGCAGCAGCAGCAACAGCAGCAACAGCAGCAGCAACAACAGCAACAGCAAAACAAGGAUCUCAACAAGUACGCCUCCCUGAAGGCUGUGGCUGCCAAGUACAACGGUGAAGUCUACAACAAGCGUCGGCUGAUGGUGGAGCUGCCAACAAAGGGCGGGCUGCCUCUCCAGCCCAUGGGCAACUCCAGACCCUCAAUGGGCAACAUGUCGUCGAUGACUCCUCCGAUGACUACCAACCCCAUGGCUUCCAACCAAAUGGUGUCCAAUUCCAUGAAUCCUAACAUGAGCCAGAUGAGUUCCAUGAACCCAAUGACGUCUAUGAUGCCCAUGACUUCUAUGACACCCAUGACUUCCCACAACCAGAUGACCAACAUGACUCCUAUGACCAACAUGACUCCUAUGACCAACAUGACUCCUAUGACCAACAUGACUCCUAUGACCAACAUGACUCCUAUGACCUCCCUGGGUCCACUGACUCCUGAGCCGGUGGCCACCUAUAUCACCGAGAUGCCCAGCAUCUCUUCCGUCUCAACCCUCCCGACAGAACGGCACAUAGCAGGUGUCGGAGGAGGGGGGGGACUCAAGCUGAAUGGCCAGAAACCCAAAGGCAGCCAUGGUCACAUUGGCCACAGCUCUCACAGCUCUCACACUCACAGUCAUGGUUACAGCCACAGUAGCAAGCCGCCAGGCCUUGGGGCUACCUCUCUGGCACACAUGGCAGGGACCAUGCCAGGUCGCACGUCCCUGGGUAUCUCCAGGGCCGCCGAGACCCCCAUUGGCUCCAGCUCAGCUACAAUGGGCCGCCCAAUGGCCUACAGCUCCAACACAAUCGCGGCUGGGCAUACGAUGGGGCUGGGGCUGAAGGCCUGGGAUGGGACUGAGACGGUGGGCCGGAGGAAGACCUACGGGCACAAGAAGCCUCAGUGUACUGUGCUGGAGCCCAACCAGCUUCACAGCACCAGAGUCCACAGCCACAGCCAACACUUCCUCCCCACACAGCCCUACUUUGUGACCAACAGCAAGACAGAGGUGACUGUGUGAGAGAGGAAGAAAGGGAGAAAAAGAGGGGCAAAGGAUGCAUGUGGUGUGGUGGCACAAGUAAUCUCUGAGUGGAGACACCAACUCCUGCGUUGGUCAAAAGUGCAAAUCUAUGUGUGUGUUUGUGUGGCUCGUUGUGGUGGGACAGUGACACUGUGUCUGAGUUGCCCUCGUUUCACAAACAGAGUUUACCAAUCAAAUCACGGAUGGCGUCCAAGUUGGUGGCAUCUGUAACCUUGACUUCAAAGAGCCUACAGAGCAGGGAUGUGUAUAUGUACACUUGGUGGUGAUAUUAGAGUGUUGUCUCACAGCUAAUAUCUACUCGGUAAUGACAAUAUCUGAGCGUUACAGUGCAACAACACACAGAUAAUAAAGUGGGAAACUGUUGAUAACAAAAUGGAUUGGCUUUAUGAACCAAACCUGAGAAGCAAUAUAAGGGAUUAAGUGUAAGGCACCGAAGCAUCGUGGGAAAGAAGAAACACAGCAAGUUCACCCACAAACCUCGCAACAAGAAUUCUGCUCAAUCUGCCCAACAAAGCGUUGAAAGGUUUGGAAGAAAUAACAUUCCCUAUUGAUUCGUACCCCCCAAAAUCUCCUGAGGGCUUUGAAACAGACACACGUGAUGCAGGCGCUGGGCUUUGGACUGCAGACAUGCAGAGCUUUGUACUGUGGCUAUUCAGAAGCGCCUUCAUAAGAUCUGCAGCUGAAGGUGGCCCCUUUUCCGCAAGGCUCCAGCACAGAGAAUGGAGGCUGUCACACUGGCAUUGUUCUGUUCUGAUCUCGUCUGUGUGGUGACAGCUGGCCCAAAGGAGGGAUAAAGAGGCAGGGAGGCAGCAUCUGGAUGAUGCUGGAGCUAGCAGAGGCUCCACACAUAUUCUCAUACACACACACACACACACAUAUUCAUGCAGACACAUAUUUUCACACAAAAGUAUCCUGUAGAAAUUCCCGCACACCAGGGUUUGACCAAUAUGUUUUUUUAAAAGGUACCAAUCAUUUUAGAAUUCAGUUACAGAAGGCUGAUAUUAAGUUUAAUUUGUACAUAUUUGUUUGUUUUUUUAAUUAGUCGAUUUGCAUUUUUAAAAAAAACUCAGUUUAGUGCUUCCCCAAAAAUACAUUUUUAUCAGUGAAUUUACAUUGGUGCAAAACUCUGGGAUUGAACUUUUUCUGAGAUAACUUUUUAGAAGUGACAGCUACAGUACGUCAGAAUGACCCACCCCAUCCAUUCAAUGACAGGGUACAGUUUUGGGAAAUAUUAAAGGAAUUAAAGGAAUAGUUUUGGGCAAUAUGUGCAUUUUCUUUCUUUCUAAGAGUUAGAUGAGAAGAUUGCUACCACUUAUGUCUGCAUUUUAAAUAUGAAGCUAAAGCCAGUAGUCGGUUAGCUUAGCUUAGCACAAAGACUGGAAACGGGGGGAAACAGCUAGACUGGUUCUGUCCAAUAGUACAAUAACAAAAUCUGCAUACAAGCAUCUCAAGAACUCCCUAAUUUAUGAUAUACCUAGCCUUUUUUUAAACCGAACAAAAGACAAACUGUAAAAAAGAGACUUUGUGGUAUAUGUGCCAGACUAUUUCUUUUCUGGACACAGUAACUUAUUCUUAUUAUCAGUGUAACGCAACAACAUGUUGAACAAUUUCUCUAAAAGAACAAAUAAAAUGUGCAUAAAACAAAGCCGUUUUAGUGUAGCUGUGGUCAGGCUUGGCCUUCAUCAUACUAGAAGUGGACAAAAUGACCUAUUAAAUGAAAAAUAUGUUCUAUGUAUGUAUAAGUUAAAGCAAUCACAGACAUCACAGCAGGUCAACUGAGCAACUAUAUGCCUAACCUAUUUUGUGGACCAAAUGUAAGCUUUGGCUUCUCAACAUUGUAUUUCUGCCCAGAGUUUUGCAUAGGAUGUUAUAUUUUUCUAGUUUUAGACAAAAGCAAGCAACUACUGUUAAAAGUGGAUGUAACAGGAGUAAAAAUACCACAUUUAUUUUAGCUGGUAAAAGAAGACACUGCCACAAGAAACUAGGCUUGAUUAGAUCACUCACUGUACUCCAGCUCUAGCUGGAAAAAAAAACAUCACAACCAGCAGGGGGAAAAAAAAAAUCUGGGUUACAUUUCUCAUAAAAAUAAAUCCGUAAAAUAAGUCUGACAAAUAGGCCAAAUCUUCUAUGGGCUUCUCCGAGCCUAUUUGCUUGUGUUGUAAUGAUGUGAGAUUUAUUAGCAGCUGCAGCCACAGAUAUCAUUUUGACCUUGUUAUCUAAAGUGCUACUUCCACCUCUAAGACCCUCUUUUCAUUUGCGAUAAAGAUGCAUUUUUGAGCGAUCAGACUGUAAUGAGACAAUGCUUAACCACAUUAAAAUAGAAAGAUCUGACCAAAGCACAAGCAAAAAAAAUAUAUGAAUUGUCCAUUUUAAAGGUCCAAUGUGUGGGAAUUUCUCCCAUCUAGCGUUGAGAUCAUAUAUCGCAAUCAACUCUUUCGCAACACGCAGUUCAAAGUACGUAUUACAGCUACGGUAGCCUUCAUGCAUCAAAAAAAAGGUCUCUUGCUCUUUUCAAUAUCCUUCUCUUUCUAAGACUCCUGUUCCUGAAAUUUGGUUUUGAAUACGUGUUGUCCUCCACGUUUCCUUCUUCAAACUUGCCGGGGCCGGGAAGCUACGAUACCCAUUAGCAGCAUUAGCAGCACCUGUGAGUUUAUCAUGUGACAGCGAAAACACAAAAAGCGGAGCAGUA